GGGAAGAGAAAUAAUUUAACUUGCAUUGUAAACAAAGACAUAGCACUUGUAGCCCACUUACAGUAGUAUUUUAAUAAAGAAAGAGACAGCGAUAACCACGGUGAGGACUGGUGGAUGUAAAGACAUGAUGACAUGUAAGGAGGAAACUUUGGACCCAAAAAAGGCUGGAAGGAUACAGUGUCUAGAAGUGGACUGCAGUCCCCCAUUAUUGCUGAAUUUUGCUCUUGCACUGCAACAUGUGCUGGUACUGUCCUCCUUGUGUGCAUUGGUUGUGGGUACACUAAUUCAGGAAGAAGGCAAGGAAAAAAUAGUGGCCUUUGUGCUCUUUUACUCAGGCAUAUCUACACUACUACAGAGCUACAUUGGAUCACGCUUGCCACUGAUCCAGGCUCCAUCCCUGGACUUUCUCAUCCCUGCCAUAGCCCUGCUUACUUCACAGUCAGGGACUCCUGAAGCCUGCAGGGGACAGUGUACUGAGGCAGAGGAGACUGUGGCCCCAGCACACCCAAUAAGAGAGUUGAGAGGCAUGACUGUAGUUACAGGUAUGGUACAGUUGGCAGUGGGUUUGACUCAUCUGAGUGGGUUUGCACUAGGACACUGUGGACCAUUAGUCCUGGCCCCACUCCUCUGCAUGCUGGGUUUCUCCAUCUACAGGGAGGCAGCUCUGCUUUGCUCUGAUCAUUGGGGCAUGGCUGCACUAGCAGUUGUUCUUACAGUGAUCCUGUCUCAGCACCUACACUCUUUUCUGCGGCUGUCUGUGUUCUCAGUAUGCAGGAGACUCUCUGUACUUCUGUCUGUGAUGGUGACAUGGGGUGUUUGUGCUGCUCUGGUCCAGUGGGGACAUGUCCAUCUUAUAUCUGUGACCCAGAUGCUGUCAACAAAGAGAAUUCUAAAUGCCACCAUCGUUCAUUCAUCUGACAUCACCUUUCCAGGUGACUCUGCACCCUGGCUGGACUUCCCCCUUCCUGCUUUAGCACUCCCCCUGCUGUCUGGAAAAAGCAUUGCGGCAGGAGUGGCUGGAGGCCUGUCUGCGAGUAUUAGCUCUCCAGCUGUGUAUGUGGUAGCAGCUCGGCUCCUGAAGGCUCCAGUGCCCCCAGCACAUGCCUGUAACAGGGGCCUGUGUGUGGAUGGACUAGGAAGUCUGCUCGCUGGUCUAAUGGGGGCACCAGUAGGACUGUGCAGCAGUGUGCCUAAUGCAUGUGUUAUUGGACUCAGUCAGUCUGGGUCCCGGAGAACAGUGCAGCUUGCUGGGGUGUUCUUGUUAAUUCUGGGUGUGUCUCCACAGCUUGCUAAAAUACUCUUCUCAGUCCCUCUGGCCAUCCAUGGUGCUAUACUCUGCGUGACCUACGCACUUGCCAUAGGAACAGGCAUAACUUAUUUCCAACAUACCAAUGUGGACUCAGGACGCAACAUUUUCAACAUCGGCUUCACUGUGUUCAUGUCAUUAGCACUGCCACACUGGUUCAGACAUCACUCAAAGUUUAUCCACACAGGUGCACCCAGUGUUGACGUUCUUCUCCAAUCUCUUUUAACCUUACCCGUUUUCUUUGUGGGGGUUUUGGCUUUUCUUCUAGAGCACACUGUUUCAGGAACUUUGUCUGAGAGGGGUCUUGUGCGACAUGAAAGUACAAAGAUUCUCUCUCUCGCUGAUCAGAAGCAAGGAUACAGCCACAGCCCAGACAGCAUAUAUGACCCACCUUCUUCUGUGAUAAAAGUCCUGAACCUGCCUGGUUUAAGAACUAUCCCCUUCUGUGCCUGCAGAAUCCCACCUGUUGAAGAGGUGGUAGUAACGGUGGCAGAGAUGUCUAGCUUGUUACCUGACAAGGAUGCUGGUGUUGGCAGCGGCUGAAUUGCAGCUCAACCCAUCUUGUAUUUAAAGUUUUCAAAUUGUAUUUAAAUGGUCAAAUGCUUUUUUUUAAAUGGCCUAAAACUGGUUUGUGUGUUUUUAAUGUAUAUAUCGUAUUGUUUAAUGUUUAUUAUUAAUACAUUUAGCUGUAUUUACCUCGUGCGAUCCCGCAUCCACAUUCGUGGACGUUGUAUUUUGGCAUUACUAUACACAACGCAUAAUUUAAAUUCAUUUAAACUGACUUAAUACUGUUCACAACACUGUAGACUGUCAUUUAAGAGUUAAACUUCUUACACAUAGACUCACGUGACACAACAGUAUGGCGUUGAUUUCCGUGAAGCACUUCGACUGUAUGUGUGCAGUGCCAACAAAAGUACCUCUGGUAAGUUUUUUCAUUGAAACCUGUUUGGGUAUAAAGAGUAACAUCUCAAGUUUGGUUUGAUUCAUGUAUGGCACUUUUAAAAAUGCAUUAAUUUUUUGCAUGUCAGCAUGCUGGUAAACAUGUCCACAAACAUGGAUUUUGGGACAUUAUUCUCCAAAAGUUGAAAACAAAAACACAUUUGAGGGUCAUUUCACUAUAUAAAUGUUGUUCUAUUUUAUUUGAUCGCUUUACAACAUGGUUCUAUUCAUUAACAUUAGUAAAUGCAUUCCUAUAUUUACUGAGCAUUUUCACAUUGAGAAUCAGUGGGUUCAUCCAAAAUCUGAAAAAUGUUGCUUUCAGAGGCUUUGUAUAAAGUUGACUAUAAGGUGAAUUUCGAACUUUUCUGAGACCAGUGCAGACAGACAGCACACUGGAGGUUAAGUCAUUCACUAAAUGCAUUUAAGUGCAUUCACUCCUAAAAUCUGACCAAAAGUUCAGUUUCAGGUUGCAAAUGAUGUUUGUGCCACUCAACAUGUUUGGCAGACAUGGUACAAUGU